CCGUUAAAGGGGUCGCGUCGCGGCGGGAGCUGCCGGGCGGGCGGGCAGCGGAGCGGCGCCUUUGAACUAUGAGCGCGGCGCUACCAUGCAAUGGCGGUCGCUGGUGCUGGGACUGCUGCUGCUGAGGUUGGGGCUGCAGGCGCUGCUGGCCCUGCUGCCCGCGCUGGCGCCCGGCCUCUGCCUGCGCCGCCGCUUCCCUUUCCCGUUCCCUCCGCCGCCCGCCCUUCCCGGCCCGCCCGCCGCCGCCACCACCGAUACCAUCCACCCCGGUUCCUCGCACUGGGGCUCGCUGCUGCGGCGGGGCAGCCUUGGCGGGGCGGCGGGAGAUGACGACUACGAGCGGCGCUACAGCGGAGCCUUCCCGCCGCAGCUGCGGGCCCGGCUGCGCGAUGCCGCCCGCGGGAUGUUCGCCUUCGGCUACGACAGCUACAUGCAGCACGCCUUCCCCCGCGACGAGCUCGACCCGCUCCACUGCCGCGGCCGAGGGCCCGACCUGCACGACCCCUCCAACCUCAACAUCAACGAUGUGCUGGGGAACUACUCGCUGACCCUCAUCGACGCGCUCGACACGCUGGCGGUAAUGGGGAACUCCUCAGAAUUCCAGAAGGCAGUGAAGUUGGUGAUUGACACAGUUUCCUUUGAUAAAGACUCAACAGUCCAAGUCUUUGAGGCAACAAUCAGGGUUUUGGGAAGCCUCCUUUCUGCCCACAUCAUAAUCACAGACAGCAGGCAGCCCUUUGGUGACAUGACCAUUAAGGACUAUGACAAUGAGCUGCUGCACAUGGCUCACGACCUGGCAGUGAGGCUGCUUCCAGCCUUUGAGAACACCAAGACUGGGAUUCCAUACCCUCGGGUCAACCUGAAGAAGGGGGUACCUCCAGACAGCCACAAUGAAACGUGCACUGCAGGAGCUGGUUCCUUGCUGGUGGAGUUUGGCAUCCUCAGCAGGCUGCUUGGUGAUUCCACCUUUGAAUGGGUGGCCAGGAGAGCUGUGAAAGCACUCUGGAGUCUCAGGAGCAACAACACUGGGCUGCUAGGAAAUGUUGUGAACAUUCAAACUGGCCACUGGGUUGGAAAGCAAAGUGGCUUGGGAGCAGGAUCAGAUUCGUUCUACGAGUACCUGCUGAAGUCUUACAUCCUCUUUGGAGAAAGGGAGGACUUGGAGAUGUUCAAUGAUGCUUACAGGAACAUUCAGAACCACUUGAGAAGAGGCCGAGAAGCUUGCAACGAGGGCGAGGGGGACCCUCCGCUGUAUGUCAACGUCAACAUGUUCACAGGCCAGCUGAUGAACACCUGGAUCGACUCCCUGCAGGCCUUCUUCCCUGGGCUACAGGUGUUGAUAGGAGAUGUGGAAGAUGCUAUUUGUCUCCAUGCUUUUUACUAUGCCAUAUGGAAACGAUAUGGAGCUCUCCCUGAAAGGUACAACUGGCAGCUGCAAGCCCCAGAUGUUCCCUUCUACCCACUGAGACCAGAGCUGGUGGAAUCCACAUACCUUCUUUAUCAGGCCACAAAGAACCCAUUUUACCUUCACGUGGGGAUGGAUAUUCUGCAGAGUCUGGAAAAAUACACGAAAGCAAAGUGUGGCUAUGCCACCUUACACCACGUUGUAGAGAAGACGAAGGAGGAUCGGAUGGAGAGCUUCUUCCUCAGUGAAACCUGUAAAUACCUGUACCUGCUGUUUGAUGAAGAGAACCCCCUGCACCAGUCUGGGAACAAGUACAUGUUCACCACCGAGGGGCACGUGGUGUCCGUGGACGAGCGCUUCCGCACCUCGCUCUGGCAGGACAUCCUCCCCGCGGCGGAGCUCAGCGCCCAGAAGGGGAGGCCCAGCGACCUCAGGGCACUCAACUUCAGCUCCAACUGCAACAGAGUUCCUGAUGAGAGGAGGUACCUGCUGCCCCUGAAGAGCAACUACAUGAGACAGAUCGAUCGCAUGGUGGGCUUGAUCUGACAGGGGCUUCGCAGCCUCACGUGCCAGGAGGAGCUUGGCAUCUGGCUGGGGACCUUCCUCUCCUCCUCAGCUACCCCCCUGCAAACACUGAGUCACUUGGGUGCCCCCCAUGCUUGCUAGUUUUCAGGAUGAUCAAGUUCUCUCUGAGUUGGGUCUUCUGAGCUGUGGUAGCUUUGCACGCCACCCGAACGGAGAUCCCUCGAGACUUGCAAUGGCAAACCAAGGCUGGAGAGAGCUCAGAGAACAGGAAAUUGGCCUGUGCCACUUAGCUACCUCUUUGUGGCUGUCCUGCAAGUGUCCCUUUGGGAAAGGGUCAGGUAUUUAAUUUGAAAUAACUUUGGGGUGGGGGAAGGAAAUGGGAAAGUGCAAUUCCGUAUGCCGAGUCGAAUCCUUGAGUUACUCUGCCUAGCAAUACACAACCUUAAGUACUACUCAGGUAGGAACCCACUGGUAAUGGGUUUUGCUCACACAAAACCUCUUUUAUCUGGAAGAGAGUGUCUUGGAGAGAGAACUCCUGAUCAUGUCAAAAGCUCUCAGUGUAGUCCUGACAGCCCUCAUGUGCACAGAACCCAGUCAGAAACCCAAACCAGGUGCCUUUUCUGUAGUGUGUGUGUGUGUAAGGGGAUUUUGGGGAGGGGGAAGGAAGGGAAAUUGCAAAGCCACUCAGCUUCCCGAGCAGCUGUGCUGCUGCAGCUCAGCUGAGCAGCAGUUGCAGAAGUGGUGGUGUGUGCCAUGUCUCUAGUGCCUUUUAUUCAGGGGAGAUGCUGCUGAGAGCCUGCUCUGACAGUGCACGAAGAACAAACUGGUUUGCAUUCCUGGCAGCAUUCAGCUGCUUAGUGCCUUAAAUCCUCUUCACUAGCAGGAAAACCUGAGCUUGGAUGAGGUAUUUCUGAUGAGUUGGCUACAAAAUGCAGUGAAUCCCAAAGCAGCUUCAAGAGGAGCUUGCAGAUGAGAUGACUUUUAUUUUUCCUUAAAGAUACUGCAAGAAACUCAACUUCUUUGCUCAUCCCAAAAGAUUUUUCCUGAGCUGGAUUCGUUCCCUUUGGGGGCUGAAAACAAAAUUGAGGCCAAAUCAUUUUUAUUCUAAGAGUGUUUUGUUCCCUUUCCUUUUCCCCCCAGUGGCUCCCUGUUUCUUCUCUGCUUUUCACUUCUUAUUUGGAAAGCAGUUGAAUGGCCUGGUGGGUUAAUUACUGUUAUUUUGGUAAUUAAGGCUUCAAGGCAAACCUGGUCUGCUGUAUUUUGGCCUUCUAACAAGGUUGGUUCUCACAAACCACCACGUUGCAGCUCAAAGCAUUUCUGAUUAAUGAUGGAGUUAGUGUUUGAGGAGGUUAUUGUUGGAAUCUUUCAAGCAUAUUGAUGCAUCUCAGGGACUUCAGUGUAGAAUCUUCUAGUCCAUGGUAGUUUGAUCUAGUUUUGGAGGCAAAAAAAAAUUAUGUAGUAAUUAAAUCCUGUCUUAUAGAAUGGUCUAGGUUGGAAGGGACCUCGAGGAUCAUCCAGCUCCACCUCCCCGCCGUAGGCAGGGACACCUCCCACUAGAGCAGGUUGCUCAAGGCCUCAUCCAACCUGGAUGAGGCCUUCUUAGUCUUAUGUCUGGAUAAGGGAGGCAGAGCAAAAUGUGUGAAGGUUCCCCCCCAGAGUCACUUUGGGUGUUUUAGGCAGCUGGCAGUGCCAACCCCUCUGGAAAUGGCUUUUCAGAGCUAUUGCUGCAAUGGAUUUGGGUUGCCUGUUGGAGAGCAAACUAAGAAUUCCAAGUGAUGUGAUCUCAGGGAGGUGUUGGGAGAGGCUGAAGGUCCAGCUUUGCCAGCAGGAAACGUUGCCUGUGUGCUUUAGUUUUGUACACACAGAGAGAAGUGGGAGGGGGAGAUGCUGCUGCUGGGCUGCAUCUCCUCGUUGGAGACCUGAAGUGAGCAGUGCUUGGAGGAGUGGAGGCCACUGGCCAAGUACAGGCACAGCACAGGGUGUCCCAGGGUGUGUUUAAGGUUACUCCUGGGAAGAAUUCUUCCCUGACUGGCAGUUCAGCUUCCUCCUGUGUGUUACACACUUUGCAGUUGCCUCCUCCCUGUGUUCUGUGCCUUCUGAAGCACCCUGGUAAGGCUUCCAGCUGAGUGUGAUGCACAGAAAGCUGCUUCAGCGUUUUCCUUGGAACUCCAUGGCCAGAAUGAAGCUGCACAGCUUUUUUGCCACUGCUUUUCCCUCUUGGGUAGCCCAGAAAUAGCUGAGAGGUGGCUGUAGGAUGGGAGCUAAUCUUAGAAUGGCUCAGGCUGGAGCCUGAUCAACUGCUCCAUCCUCCCCACCAUGCCCAGGGAAGACUCAGCUGCCCAAAGCCUCAUCCAGCCUGGCCCUGAACACCCCCAGGCAGGAGGCAGCCACAGCCUAUUCCACAGUCUUACCACCCUCACACUGAACAACUUCUUCCUCAGCUCCAGUCUAACCCUGCUCUGAUCCAUUCCCCCUUGGCCUGGCUCAGACACCCUCAGGACAAGUCCCUCUGCAGCCUUCCUGCAGGAUCCUUUCAGCUGUUGUUAGGCUGAAGUUCCCUUAGCUAGGCUAAGGUUCCCCUGGAGCCUUCUCCUCUGCAGGCUGCACACCCCCAGCUCCCUCAGCCUGUGCUCAGAGCAGAGCUGCUCCAGCCCUUUGUAGCCUCCUCUGGACCCUCUCCAGCAGCUGCGUCCUGGAGCUGGGGACACCAGCGCUGGGUGCAGGAUUCACAGCCUUUAUCCCUCAGUGACCUGGACCCUUAGCUCCGGUCCCUGGCAGCACCUGGCCAGCUCCUUGCUAGAACCUGCCUUAAGACUGGUGUUGCCAGGGUGACCUGGGUCCAGCCCUGCCCCCAGGGUGGGCUUUUGCCUGCUGCUGCCUGGGUGCUGAGAGGCUUUUGUCGUCUUUAAGGAGCCAAUUUUAAUUGCUCUUUGUUUUCCAACCUGCUUGGAUGCAUUUCGAGUCUGUAAUGACAGGAGAGUGCUGCAGUGCCCUUGCUGCAGACAAAGCCUUUCUGUGUUUCUGGGUAUGAUGUGCAAUAAGAGCCAUUAGUAUUUGGGGUUUCCUAAGUAAAAAAAUUCUGCAAUCUCUGCUUAAUUAUUUGUUGAUUUUUGUUGUUGUUUGUUUGGGUUUGGUUUUUGUUUUCCUCCAUGAAGUAUUGAAUUGGAGCUGGGAAGCCUUUGCAAAGGACCAAAUGCUCUUUGAUGAACUGUCCCAGAAUUUCAAAGCUGAGCUGAAGUUUCACAGAUCUGCAUUAAAGAAAUUGCUGUUCUUGA